UAUUAACGGCAAAUCAACAAUCUCUAUACGUUUCAUUUUUAUAGGUUAAAUUUAGAUAUAUUUAGUAAAUAUCUAGAUUUAAAAUUUUAAUAAAUUAUCUGUUAUUUCUCAAGAUGGAUCUUAACAUAGCAGUUGACGUUUAUGCUGAUCAACAGGAUCUUAUAAAACAUGUGUUAGAUAGAGCUGUGGAAUUCGGUUUCGAAACAGUUGCACUCAAUACCAUCGUAGAUUCUAGCAAAUUGAGUGGUAAAAAUAUAUCUAUACCAGAGCCAAAGCUCAUCGAUUUCAAAGCUGAGGGGGCUAAACAUUUUAGAGUGUUAAAUAGAAUUACAGCAGUAAUCGAAGAAAGCAUACAUAGCCAUCAUUUUUUGAAAAGUCCAAUAACAAAAAAAUAUGACAUUGUUGCCCUACAACCUGUUGGUGAAAAAAUGCUGCAACAUGUUUGUUCUUUAACAGACUUUGAUAUAAUUUCUUUAAAUUUAACAGAUAGCUUAGGUUACAAUCUGAAAAGGACUACUGUCGGCCUUGCUACAGAUAAAGGAAUUUGUUUCGAAAUAACUUAUGCCCCUUGUUUAAGGGAUCAAACAUCAAGACGAAUGGUUAUAAGCAAUGCUCAACUACUUGUUGAUGUUUUGAAAGGAAGGCAUAUAUUUAUUUCAAGUGGUGCUUCUAAACCUUUGGAAUUAAGGUCAGUUCUAGAUGUUAUAAAUUUGGGAUUACUUUUUGGAUUUCAAAAAAAUACAGCUGAAUCAGCUGUUAGAAAACUUGGAAAGCUUGUGUUAAAACAUGCUCAUACCCGCAAUGAAACUGGAUGUGGGUAUGUUUCUUUAACUGGUAUACACAAGUUACCUAAACAGCAAGGUUGGAUUGUCCAUGCAUGCAAAGUACCAAAACUUUCAGAAAUUCCUUUAAAUUCUCAGAAACGAACAGUGGAUCAAGUGAUAUAUACUGAAGAAGAUACUGCAAACAAACGAGUUAAAAUGGAAAAUGAAUAGAAUAAAUAAUGUUAAAAUUGUU